GCAUACCAAAAUAAAGCAUUUCCUUCGAGGCCACAUCACCACAACUCUCUCAUUCUUUGUUACGAACUACGAAGCGUCUCAAACUUGCACUACAUAAAAUAUGUUUAAUUGCAUCUUCGACAACGGCUCUCACGACCCUUCUUCACCAUAAGGUCAGGCUUUUGUUUUUUGCUGUUGAAUAGUUUGAUUAGUGAUGGUAAGAGUUGAGAUGGAUGAUAUUUAAAGGUUAGAGGAAAAGGUGAGACAUUUUCAGUUUGUGAAGGUUGAUUUUGUGUUGUUUGUCUUGAGGGGUGUGUAAUGGAAGAAGGGUUGCGGCAAAACUCAGUUCCUCCUAGUUCAGGUUUUGUUGAUAAAACUAAGGUUGUAGAGGCAAAACCCCUGCGUAGUUUAGCACCUGUGUUGCCAAAAUCUCUUCAAUCUUCUCUCUCUGGCCGGUACCCUUGUGUGUUUCCUCCGUUUGUUGUGGUUGAGGAAGCUCAAGAGUCUCAACCAUCAUCACCUGCUCCCAUUCCAGCUCCAAUAAAGUCCUAUAGGAACCCAUUAGUAGAAGAAGAAGAAGAAGAAGAAACCCCACAUGGAGCCAAUGGAGAUACUUCUUCACCGAUGGAGGUUCUUGAUGGUUAUAGCCAAAAGCGUGUGCCUAUGAACAGCUGCAAAUCAUCCCAAAAGAGGGGUAGGAAAACUCAGGAGUCACAGUUUGAUUCGAGUUCCUUGGUUGGUGGUGGUAUUGGUGUGGCCCAAAGGGAUGAUGGUGACCGUGAAACGGUUAAUCUAGUGCUCAUGACUUAUGAUUCUCUUCGAAGAAGGCUGUGUCAACUUGAAGAUGCUAAGGAGUUGAACACAACCAUGGCAAUCAAGCGGGCGGAUUUGAGAGCAAGCAAUGCCUUGUCGGCUAAGGCGUUUCGAACAAACAUGAGGAAGAGAGUAGGAGCAGUGCCUGGGGUUGAGAUUGGGGACAUUUUCUUUUUACGGAUGGAAAUGGUUCUUGUGGGUUUACAUAUCCAGUCAAUGGGAGGAAUUGACUACAUGACCACCAAGGAUGAAACAGUGGCUUUAAGCAUUGUUUCUUCCGGAGUAUAUGAUGAUGAAACGGAGGAUAAUGAUGUUUUAGUUUAUAGUGGUCAGGGUGAGAACUUCAACAAGAAAGAUAAGCAUGUGAUUGAUCAGAAGCUUCAAAGGGGUAAUCUUGCUUUAGAUAGAAGUUCACGCCAACAGAAUGAAGUUAGAGUCAUCCGGGGCCUAAGAGAUGCUGUGAACAGAAGUGCAAAAAUCUAUGUCUAUGAUGGUCUGUAUAAAAUCCAAGAUUCUUGGAUAGAAAGAGGGAAAUCCGGUGGUGGUGUAUUUAAGUAUAAGUUUGUUAGAUUGCCUGGACAACCUAGUGCUAUUGCUGUUUGGAAAUCGGUUCAGAAGUGGAAGAUGGACUCGUCUUCAAGGACUGGCCUUAUUCUUGCAGACCUCUCCAGAGGAGAUGAGAGUGUUCCUGUGUCACUUGUCAAUGAAGUUGAUAACGAGAACUGCCCCGUUUUCAAUUAUUUCAAUUCUCUCAAACAUCAGAAACCAUUCAGUUUAGGGCAAUCUUCAUAUGGCUGCAACUGUUACAAAUCAUGUGUCCCUGGUGAUUUGAGCUGCUCUUGCAUUCAAAGAAAUGAAGGCGACUUUCCAUACACUGCAAAUGCUGUUCUAGUGAGUAGGACACAAUUGGUUCAUGAGUGUGGCCCAAUGUGUAAGUGUUUCCCUAACUGCAAGAAUCGAGUAUCCCAGACUGGUUUGAAGCACCAAAUGGAAGUGUUCAAAACAAAAGAUAGAGGGUGGGGACUUCGAUCACUGGAUCCUAUUCGAGCUGGUACUUUUAUUUGUGAGUAUGCUGGAGAAGUUAUUGACAGGGCCAAGGUAAAUCCAUAUGGGGGAUACAAUGAUGACUAUAUUUUUGAUACAAGCCGUAUUUAUGAUCCAUUCAAAUGGAACUAUGAGCCUAGUUUAUUGGAAGAAAUAAGCUCAAAUGUCUCUAGUGAGGAUUAUGCUAUCCCGUAUCCUCUAAUUAUCAGUUCCAAGAAUUUUGGAAAUGUGGCAAGAUUUAUGAAUCAUAGUUGCUCCCCAAAUGUUUUCUGGCAGCCAGUCUUGUAUGCGGAAAACAAUCAAUCCUUUCUUCACAUUGCAUUUUUUGCCUUAAGACACAUUCCUCCAAUGGCAGAGUUAACAUAUGAUUAUGGAUGUUCUGGUCAUGCUGAGGGUGGCAACGCACCCAAAGGGAGAAAGAAAUGCCUGUGUGGAUCAUCAAAAUGCCGUGGUUCUUUUGGUUGAUGUUUUGUUGCAGUUUGCUCAUGGACAAGCAUGGUGCUGGCAAAUGUACUGAUGGCUAAAUGAGGUUCGCACAAAAGUGAGUCGCGCACGGAGAAGAAGAACAGCGGAGGCGGAGACGCGGAGGAGAAAGAGACGCGCGGAGGAGAGGCGUGCAGAGGAAGCAAGGCGCACAGAGGAGGCGAGGCACGCACGGAGGAGACGAGGAAACGCGGAGGAGGAGCCGCGGAGGAGAGGAGGCGCACGGAGGAGGAGCCGCGGAGGAAGAGACGACUAGGAGAGGAAACGAAGAGGAGAGGAGACGAGGCUAAAUAAGUGCCCUAACACAAUAAACACAAAACAUGCAUUUUGUGUAAGUGAAAAAAAAAAAAGGUGAUCUCUUAAUAUCGGAAGUGAUCUCGCGAGAUUACCGAGAUUACUCCGAGAUUACUCAAAAACGAGUUUACCUCCGAGUUGUACAGGUAAGCUGUCCUAAACUUACGAGUUUACGAGUUAUCACUAGAGAUUGACAACCAUGCCCGUACUUAUUUCAACAUCCAUCCAAAUUCAUGAUAUUAAGAUGCAAAAAAGAAAAUAAUGUAAUCAAGAAUCUGAUUAGGCUACUUUAUUGUUCUAUUCAACUAGGCAUCUAAAUAUAUAAUUCCUUGAAUUCCCCGUAGAUACCAUUUGUGUUCCUGACUACGAUAUAUCUCAUAUACUGAAUAUCCUAUAAGUUUAAGUUGUAAGGUGAAAACUCAUGAAUGUACAAACCCACCUACUUUGUGCUGACUUUCAACUUUAUUAGAAGAAUGGAGGUGACAAGGAUCAAACUUUAAACCUUUUGGUCAUAGAGGCUUUAAUAUAAUGUCAUGGACCAACUAUGCCAAUAUCUUGAAUUGUUAUAUGAAGACACAUGAAUGAUUUUAUAUUGCAUCUCUAACAGUAUUAUAUAUGUUUUUGCCUGUAAGCUUUUGAACUAAACGUUGUAACCUGUUGAAAAUAGAAAAAAAUUGUUCUUGUGCUAUAGUGUAACUUUUCUUAUGGUGCAUUUUGUUGGCUUAUUUCCAAUCAUUACAAAGUUGGUCCCAUGCUUGGUUGAAAAGGGAGGGUUAUGUUAGGUAGUUAUUUACCAGUAUAAAACUUUGUCAAAUGUUUAUGAUGUGGGCCGAUAAUUAUAAUGUUAAUGCUAUAUUGUACUCACAAAUAACACAUUUUAUGGCUAUAGUAUAGUGUAGAAACAAGGUCUGAUGCUUUAGUGCUUGAAUGUAGUGAAAAAUAACCAAGGGUUUCAACACUUUCCUGGAUAGGUGCGGGUAAGAAACUUGGAGAGAGCUUACCCAACAUAGGUUGGGAUUGUUGAUGUACUUAAUUGAUGAGUGUAAUGAGAAAUUGCCACAACAGUAGCCUAGGGAUUAGAUGGUGCCAAUUAAAGGAAGGAAAGUAAAUGGCUUUUUCAGAUGAAUAUUUUAAAAAGAGAUUUGGUAAGCAUAACGGAGUGCUAACAGUUUGUGGGAACUAGAAAGAGAUUGUUGGACAGAUUCUGUAGGUAGCAGACUACACACUCUGCAAACCAAGAGGCUUCAGACCUAAGGAUAUAAAAAGUCUCGGUGGUGGGAUGCAAGUGUUGAAGAGAAGGUUAUAGUUAUCGCAAGGAAUUUGUUUAAAAAUGAUGAGAACAAAGUAAAGCAUGAUUUAGCUACAAAGGAUACUAAGAUGUUGGUUAGGAAACUGAAACUUGAAGCUUGUGGAAGGAAAUUCCGCAAUAAGGGACUCAAUAUUUUACACAAUACAGUGAAUGACCAAUAUUAUACUUAUUGUAAAAUUUACAAGUUGGAGGCGAAAGAAGCAUCAAAGAGGAUGGACAAUGGUAAAGCAGUCAGACCAAAUAAAAUAUCUAUUGAAAUUUGGAAAUGUCUAGAUGAGAAUGGUAUAACUUGCCUUGUAGAGUUGUUUAGCAAGAUGUAGUGUUUAAGGAAAUGAGAAAUUGACAACC